GACUGGUUGGGCAUUCAAUUGAGUGUCAGUCGACUCAAUUGGAGGAUCAACUCCGUGUCGGUGGUUAAAUUUUCUGUCUUUCAACGUGUUUUCUGUGCACCUGAACCAGGUCCAGGAUGAAUUCCAUCGAGGUGACCGAGGACAUGUGUAAGUCCGAUACAAUCAAACUUCGGAAUCGUCACAUUGGGAAAUCUUGCCAACUCUUCUACCGAGGCUCUCCCCUCAAGAUCGUACGUGGCCAAGGGCAGUACAUGUACGACGAGGAAGGGACUCGUUACUUGGACUGCAUCAACAAUGUUGCUCACGUGGGACACUGCCAUCCGCGAGUUGUAGCCGCGGGAUGCCGACAAAUGGCCCUCCUGGCCACAAACAAUCGCUUCCUGCACGAUGAACUGGUGCGAUGUGCCCAGAGGAUUGCCGAUAAGACACCUGGAGAUCUAUCAGUCUGCUUCUUCGUCAACUCUGGCUCAGAAGCAAAUGAUUUGGCCAUGCGUUUGGCACGGGCAGCUACUCACCAGCGAGACAUCAUCACCCUGGAUCACGCCUACCAUGGACAUCUGAUAUCCACAAUGGAGAUUUCCCCGUACAAGUUCAAUCAGCCCAAUGGUGAUCCUAAGCCAGAUUAUGUGCACGUGGCUCCGCCGCCGGACACCUACCGUGGCAGAUACACGAGCCGGAAGCAUUCUGAUGAUGAACUGGCCAAGCUCUAUGCUGCCGAAGUUGAUCAGAUCAUUGCUCAAGUGAAAGCAGAAGGACGUGGAGUGGCAGCUUUUAUUGCUGAGAGCCUCCAGAGCUGUGGCGGUCAGAUCAUUCCGCCCAAAAAGUACCUGAGUUCCGUCUACAAAUCUAUUCGAGAGGCUGGCGGAGUUGUGAUUGCUGAUGAAGUUCAGGUUGGAUUUGGUCGAGUUGGAACGCAUUUCUGGGCAUUUGAGCAGCAGAAUGUCAUUCCGGAUAUUGUAACAAUGGCCAAGCCAAUCGGCAAUGGCUAUCCAGUGGGAAUUGUCCUUACAAGUCCCGCAAUUGCUGAUGCUUUUGCUUCCAGUGGAAUCUCCUAUUUCAACACAUACGGUGGAAAUCCCGUGUCAUGUGCCAUUGUCAAUGCUGUCCUGGAUGUGAUUGAGGAUGAGGGCCUGCAGGAGAAUGCCCUGAAGGUGGGUCAACAUCUGAUUGAGCACUCAAAGACACUCACGUAUGACUUCGAUUUGGUGGGAGAUGUUCGGGGAUCUGGAUUGUUUUUGGGCAUUGAACUGAUAAGGAAUAGGGAGAGUCUAGAGCCAGCUACAGAGGAGGCAACUUUUGUUGUGAACCGAAUGAAGGAUCUCCAUCAUAUCCUGGUGAGUCAGGAUGGACCGAAUAACAAUGUCAUCAAGCUGAAGCCUCCAAUGGUGUUCAGUGUUGAGAAUGCUGAUGAAUUCCUUCUUGCCUUCCGGGAGUGCCUCACAACGCUCAAGGCCAUGGAGCAGAAAUCUCCAGAAGUGACUGGACAGACAACCAAUUCCAUUGUCUGCACAAAGCCAGAAUCCAAGAUCCUCAAGGCAGCUGAAUGUUUAAUCAAAGGCGUCUAAAAAUGUAUUACAAAUUUUCUAUUUUUAAGAUUUUUUUUAGCAUAAAAUUUUGCAUGUUAUCUUACAAAAAGGGGAUUCCCCUUCAGUUUAAAUCAAGAAAAAAAAACUGUAUGAAUACAAUUAGAAAGAGAAAUGUUUUAUCAGUU